CUCCCCCACCGUCCGCGCCCGCUGCGACUCGCUCCGCUGCUCGGCACUGCGUAGCCUUACUCUAUUCACGCCUCUAAUAAAGUCUAUUUUUUCGUCUAAUCCCUCGAUCGCGUCGUCGCGCGCAUCGCGUUCAUCGACGCCGCCCUUGAGACGUGAACCCUACACUACACUACACGCGCUGCCUGCCCGAGCCGAUUGGCAGCAGCUAUAAUGCAUCCCUAUCAGCCGGAGGGCCUUACCGGCGCGGAGCUCGCGACGGCGAACAAAGAGCAGGUUAAGCACUGGAUACGAUUGACGAAGAAAGCGGCGGAGGCGGACGACACGAAGAUCGACCUCAAGCUCUCGGGGAAGGUUGCUGAGCUACGUGCUCGCCUUGCCGCGUUCCUCGGGUUGGACAUCACCAACGUCAUUAUCUCGAAGACGAAGGCGAGCGCGGCUGUCAAGACGGAGACGACUAUCGACGAGACGAUUCGUGCGAAGCAGUGGGAGCAUUGGCACGUCCUCGGUGACGAGUGGUUCAGGGCGGCUCAGAAUCAGAUGCCAUUCCGUCUACAGCAGACUGGUCAAGAACUUCCCAUCGCACGCGACACCGUGCUCUUCAAGUCCAUCUGCGAUGUUAUCGCGGCAUUUCCCCUUCGGCCCACCGAUCCCAUCGCACCGCCUCAAGAACGCCUCACCAAUGUCAGUCGGCAAACCGUCAACCUCUGGAUCCAAGCUGUAUGUGAUGGUCAGGAUCGGCUCGCUCUUGUAUACCUCCAUACGCUUCGUAACCUCCUGUACAAUAUGUCUGAAGGGGCUCAUUUCCUCAUGACGACGUCAACAACGAUGGACGAUUCGCCGCCGACGCCGGGCCCGGUAACGCCUUCACAUCUACCCCAACUGCCUAUCUCUACAUCCAUCGCCUCCCCCACACCAUUGACACGCACAUCGUCACUCAACAUCAUCAACAAUAACGCUUUAUCGACCUUUCCGACACCUCCGCAAGUUCUGCGUACUCAGGAAGCAAUGACGACGCAAGCUGAUGCUGCCAUCGCCAACACCUCCAGUGUGACGCUCAUCACACUUCCCACCGCCGCCACGCUCCAAGAUGCAAUUUCUCAGUGCGAGAGCGGACUUGUUGCGCGCAUCCGAGCGGCGUACGGCCCUCACGAGGGCAAGAAAGGCACGGCCGCCAACCCUGCUAUAUGGGCGACGUACAAGGUCAACAUUACGCGGCGUGAGCGCCUCCAUUCAGUCCUGCAGGAGGACUUUGAUGGCGACAAGGAGCGCUUCUUUGCGUUCUUUUCCAAGCCUGACUCUCAUCCCAAACGGGGGAUGAAGAGAAAUCGUGCGACAAUGGAGGCCCAGGCUAGCGACAGCACUGCCAACCCGCGCGUGAGUUUUGCGGUGAAUCAGGUGGUCGACGCCAUUCCCAAGUGUAGGGCAGAUGUCAAGAUGGCCAUGUGCGACCUCAGCGCCGUCGAGCGGUUGGAUAGGUGGGGCGUAAAGAACGACUUCGAGAUCUGGCGUGAGUUGGGGCUCGAGCGAUAUGGAUCCAGGUAGUCGUUUGGACUCGUUAGUUUCUAGUAUUUUAGUUUCGUAUAAUUGAUACUCAAUGUCGAUCUCAUGCCGCGG